CGGCGACCACUUCCGCUUCCGCCGGGGAGGAGCCGGCGCUGCAGACAUGAGUCGCUUCAAGUUCGUGGAUAUUGGUAUCAACUUGACAGAUCCUAUGUUCAGAGGAAUUUAUAGGGGAGUUCAGAAGCAUCAAGAUGACUUACAAGACGUAAUAGAGAGAGCUGUCCAGAUUGGUGUUAAAAAGUUUAUGAUUACAGGUGGAAAUCUGCAGGACAGUAAAGAGGCACUACAUUUGGCACAAACAAAUGAUAUGUUUUUCAGUACAGUUGGAUGUCAUCCUACAAGAUGUGAUGAAUUUGAAAAGAAUGACCCUGAUCUUUACUUAACGGAGUUGUUACAUCUUGCUGAAAACAAUAAGGGGAAAGUUGUAGCAAUAGGGGAGUGUGGACUGGAUUUCGACCGACUACAGUUCUGUCCCAAAGAUACUCAACUCAAAUAUUUUGAAAAACAGUUUGAACUGGCAGAACAAACAAAAUUACCAAUGUUUCUUCACUGUCGGAACUCACAUGCUGAAUUUUUGGACAUAAUGCAAAGAAACAGAGACCGGUGUGUGGGUGGAGUGGUGCAUUCAUUUGAUGGUACGAAGGAAGCAGCUGCUGCCUUGAUUGACUUGGAUCUCUACAUAGGAUUCAAUGGUUGCUCACUGAAAACUGAGGCUAAUUUGGAAGUUCUGAAGUCAAUACCUAGUGAAAAACUAAUGAUUGAAACUGACGCACCUUGGUGUGGAGUGAAAAGUACACAUGCUGGAUCAAAAUAUAUAAAAACUUCAUUUCCUACCAAAAAGAAGUGGGAAAAUGGGCACUGCAUAAAAGACAGGAAUGAACCCUGCCAUAUAAUUCAAAUACUGGAGAUAAUGUCAGCGGUAAGAGAGCAGGAUCCAUUGGAAUUAGCCAAUACACUAUAUAACAACACCAUUAAAAUAUUUUUUUCCUGACAUGUAAUUGGUAUGUUCUUUCCAUUUCCCAUCAUGUAUGUAAAAUUUCAUGGUAAAACUUAACUGAAAGAUUAAAUAAAGGAAUUCUCUGGAA